AUGUCGUCGUGUCGACUGACGGUCUUGUGUCGGAGGAAACAUGCAGCCCAGGUGCUACGGGUGCUCGAACUGAUCCAACGGAAUCUCUUGAGAGGUACACUCGUGACCAAACGGGACAUAUACUAUCAGAGCCUCUCGCUGUUCCCAUCGCAAUCCGCGUCGGACCGGAUCAUUUCGCAGCUCGUUACACUGCUGGGAUGUACAGAUCGAUUGGAGCUAGGCAUCGUAGGCAGUCCGCGUGGGAUCCUCUCCGGGUCUCUUCAACUUUCCCCCCCAAGCUCAUCCUCCACUUCACCCCAAGUGUACAACUGCACCCUCGGUCAAACCACCCUCAUCCCAACCGAGAUCACCGAAGCCUGGCGCAUCGACCUUCCCUGUCCCCACUCUGGUCACCACGUCGUCUUGAUCGUCGAAAAGGAAGCAGUCUUCAAACACCUCCUCCAGGCAACCACCAUCCCCGCUCAAAUCCUCAUAACGGGAAAAGGAUAUCCAGAUCGAGCAACAGCCAAACUCGUUCAAUUGCUAUCGAACCAUCGAUGUUCGCAUUGUGGGAGCGGGAUGGACGUGAGGGGGUUGUUCGACGGGGAUCCGUAUGGUGUGGAUGUUUGGCGACAAUAUCGCUUGCACUCUGCGGUGAGGUGGGUUGGGGUUGAUGUGCGGGAUUUCGAAGAAAAGGGGGAGGGGUUGGUGGGGCUGAGGAAUGAUGAGAGGAGGACGGCGGUUAGGUUGUUGAGAGGGUUGAGUGGGAACAAGGAAGAAGAGCAGGAGGUGAAGAUGAGGCUGACAGAGAUGCUUUUGGGCGGAUAUAAGGUGGAGAUCGAAGCUGCGUACGACUUUGUUGUUCCAGCAGGGGAGAAGGGGUUGGUGGCGUACAUGGAACACAAGCUUGCGCGGGGUUGA